CCUACUAACUUCCAUCUCCUAACGAUCGCUAAAUCUUCCUCCCACGUGCGUAAAAAUGCGCACGCCGUGGCUCCUCCCUAUCAGCACUACCGGCGGCGGCGGCGGCGGCGGCGGCGGCUGGAGGUCGAGGAGGAGGUGCGGCGCCAGAUGUUCAUCGGGGUGGCGGCGUUCCCGACGGCGACGCUGGUGCCGGGCCACGCCCAACAGGCGGACUACGGGAAGGAGGCAGGCGGGCUUGGGGACAGUGACGCGGGCCUGUCGGAGCCGGAACCGGCGCAGGCGUGGCAGCACGGGGGGUCCGGCAGCAAACGGAGCUGCGCCGCGGAGGUGCAUAACCUUUACGAGAAGGUGCUGCAGCUUGCCGUUUAUCGAGGGGAGGAGGAGCAAGAUCAACAAGAAGAUGCAGGCGCUGCAGAGCCUGAUACCGAACUCCAACAAGACAAUGCUUGACGAGGCCAUUGAGUAUCUGAAGCAGCUGCAGCUCCAAGUGCAGGCGAGCAAAAUGUCUGCAUGAUGCGAACGCACAUGUCCAUCUCCGAUUCAAACUAGGAGGACUAACAUAGAAUGGAUAUAUCAUAUACCAGAGUAUCUGGGUACUUGGGUAGUGUGAUUCUGAUGCUAGUCGGCUGCAAGGGAGGGCUGGCCGGCUGGAGGAGGCGGCGGCGGACGGAAAACGGAGGGGCGACGGAGAGGAAUCGCUAUAGAAUUAUUAAGCUGGUGGGAUUUAUGACUUUUCUUUUGGGGAGUAAAAAUAGGAAACUCUCGGAGAUGAACUUUGUUUUUCUUUCCUAUACCAAUUUGAGGAGUUGGCAAACAAUAUGAUUUGGGAAGAAAAUAUUGGGAACUCCAAGAGUGCCCAAAAAAUAUAGUCCCAAAAAACUAGAUUUUGGACAUGCCAAAAAAAUAUUGGGAGAG